AUGGGAGACAUGUCAAUCUCUAAGUACUAUAAUAAGUUUAUGACCCUUUCUAGGUUUUCUCCUGAGGUAGUACCAACUGAAGAACUGAAGGCUCAUAGGUUUGAGCAUGGAUUGACUGACGAGUUACAACAAGGCCUAGCCGGAAAAGUUUUUAAAAGCCUUGACGAGGUCUAUGAGAGAGUUGCCCAUCUGUACCAUCUGAAUACUAGGACUGCUAGUGCGAGUGCUAAGGCUGGGGAGAAAAGGAAGGACUUUGGGAAAUCUGAGAACCAGAGUAACUCUAAGAGGCCUAGGAAUUGGAACUCAUUUGAUAGGGGUAACCAGAAUGUUAGUAGUUCUUCUAAUGCUAACAAUGGAGAGAGAACCUACCUUUGUAAGAGGUGUAGAAGGAACCACCCUGAGAGAGACUGUGAUGGGAAUUUGGUGACUUGCCGGUUCUACAACAAAAGAGGACACAAGGAGUAUGAGUGUUACACCAAGCGGAAACAACAGGGAAAUGGUGGGAACGGUGGGAACACCCAGCAGAGGCCUAACAAUUUUAACAACCAGGGGAAUAGGGGAAAUGGUUAUAAUGGGAAGUUUGGGAAUGGUAGCAACAAUAACAACAAGUUUGGCAAUGGCAACAACAACAAUUCAGGCAACAACAAUGGUUAUCAGUUAAACUUAACUGAAUCGAGUCAUGUUGAUGUGUCAGUCAGUCUGCCUACGGGCAAACUUGUUCAUUGUAAUAAAAUAUUCAAAGGAUUACCGUUGAAAAUAGGAGAAGCUAUCUAUCCAUCAAACCUUAUUGAGUUUAACCUAGGGGACUUAGAUGUAAUUCUGGGGAUGGAUUGGCUGAGUUUAUACAAGGCUAAGAUAGACUGUGAGAUGCAGAGGGUGUAG